UUGCAUAGCUCUAUCAUCUACUACCACACUGUUGUCGUUCUGAAUUAUCACAGACAAAUCGAUUCUCGCCUCUGCAAUACAGAUUUCCAGCAGCAUAUCAGGGGAUCAUAUAUAUAUUUCUGGAGUGAGUUAGCUAGGAACCAUGCAUCAAAAACAGGAUGACAUAAGCCAUCAACACACAGUCUGCUCCAAACCUUGGUGGCGGGGUGUUGGGCAUGAUCCCAUAUCUGCAGAUGUCUUAGGGGAAACCACAAGAAGUUUAUCACCAUCUAACAAUUCAAGUGACAGUUUAGGAACCGAAACCCGAAAAUUACAUGUGAAGGAUGGGCUGGAUGAGGGAAAUGAUGUCAACAAAAAGAUAGAAAUCACUCUUGUGUCACAAUCAGAUGGAAAAUGUGGAAAAGAGCAGCAGCAUGCCGCAUCCUUUAUGCCUCAAACAAUGGGUGAAUACCUCACUCCACCUACCCAGCUAGAACUGCUUGGCCACUCAAUCGCAUGUACAUCAUAUCAAUAUUCUGAUCCAUAUUAUGGGGGAGUUAUGCCUGCUUAUGGACCCCAGGCUUUGGCACAUUCUCAUUGUCUUGGAGUGCUUCCCGCUAGAAUGGCCUUGCCACUUGAAAUGGCAGAGGAACCUGUUUAUGUGAAUGCCAAGCAGUACCAUGGAAUUCUGAGGCGAAGACAGUCACGUGCUAAGGCUGAGUUGGAAAAGAAACUAAUAAAGUUGAGGAAGCCCUAUCUUCAUGAGUCUCGGCACUUGCAUGCGAUGAGGAGGGCAAGAGGCUCCGGUGGCCGUUUCCUGAACACGAAGAAGCUUGACAGUAUCAAUACCAACAUUGAACCGGACAAAGGCGCCAUCAGUCCCGGUGAACCUGUUUCGACGCAUCCCUUCAAUUCAUUGCACUCCGAACUGUCCAACUUUUCCAGCUUUUCCGGGAGUGUGCAUUCAUCCUCUGGUCAUAUGGAAGUUACAGGAAUACAUGUGCAGGAAAUGCACCAACCACAGACAUACUCCAAUGCCAAUGGCAACGGCUGGUACAGAAGAAGGUGAUAGCUCAGGGCAGCAGCAUCAAAGACUUGCGGUGAGCCCUGACCAUCAUCAAAUGAACCAUCUCUAUAAUGAGUUAUAGUAAAGAAAGCCCAUUAUAGCUUUGAGAGUGUUCUAUAAUCUAUUCCCUAAGAAGUUGAAGAGAUAUUCAUCUCUCAAGCCGUCAAAGGCGUGAGUGAGCCAUCUUUCUAUAGUUUCACUCUGCUGUUCCUCAUUGGUCUACUGGCAAAAGCUGGAGGCUUUAUUACCCUACUGACUUAGAGAGGGGUAAAACCCUGCUUGUCUUGUGUUCACCGGCAAAUCAUUCUUGGCUUGGCUUGCAUUUGUGUUCUUGGGAUGGGGAUGAUAAAGGCGGCAAAUCUUUCUUGUUUUUCGCUGCUAUAUUAAUGUGUGCUAUUGCAUUUAUCCUUGCCUUUCUCCCAUGUACAAAGAAAGUGAUUACAGCAGGCAUUUUGUUUGAAUGAGUAAUGAGAUUAUUUUCUUGUUUCA